AUGAGGAUCAUAGAGCUGGUUAUCGACGGCUACAAGUCGUACGCCGUCCGCACAGUCAUCUCCGGCUGGGACGAGAGUUUCAACUCAAUUACGGGACUCAACGGAUCCGGAAAGUCCAAUAUCCUGGACUCAAUAUGCUUCGUGCUCGGUAUCAAUAAUCUGAGCGUUGUGCGAGCGCAGAACUUGCAGGACCUCAUCUACAAGCGCGGGCAGGCCGGAGUUACCAAGGCGAGCGUCACCAUUGUGUUUGACAACAGCGACAAAACCAAGAGCCCCGUUGGCUUCGAGGAACAUGCGCAGAUAUCCGUGACCCGCCAGAUUGUGCUCGGCGGAGCCAGCAAAUACCUCAUCAAUGGACACCGCGCACAGCAACAGAGUAUACAGAACUUGUUCCAGUCUGUGCAGCUCAACAUCAACAACCCCAACUUCAUGAUUGCACAAGGAAAGGUCAUGCAGGUGCUAAACAUGAAGGCCAAGGAAAUCCUGGCCAUGCUCGAGGAGGCUGCAGGAACGCGAAUGUUCGAGGACAGGCGAGAUAAGGCCUACAAGACUAUGGCAAAGAAGGAGAUGAAGGUACAGGAGAUUACUGAGUUGCUACGAGACGAAAUCGACCCAAAGCUUGAGAAGCUACGAACAGAAAAGCGAGCCUUUUUGGAAUUUCAGCAAACGCAGAGCGAGCUCGAGCGCCUCACAAAACUUGUCGUGGCACACGACUAUAUACGGUACAACGAGAGAUUACAACAGUCAGCAGAAGACCUUGAGGCGAAGAAGCAACGGGCAAAGGACCUUGAAGAGUCAACCGUGCGUAUGAAGAAGGAAAUUGAACAUCUGCAAGAAGACAUCAAGCAAACAAAGGCAACACGGGAGAAGGAACUCCGUAAAGGUGGAAAGUUCCAAGCGCUCGAAGAAGAGGUCAAGGCACAUUCUCACGAGAUUGUCCGCCUGACUACAAACCUGGAGCUCAAGAAGACUAGCAUGGCCGAAGAGGUUGAGCAUGAGAAGAGCGUUCGGAAGAGUGUGAAAGAGCUAGAGAAACUGCUACAAGAGAAGAAGCAGAUUUAUGAAAAGGCACAGGAAAAAUACCAAACGGCCCAUGCUGAGCUAGCAAAGCAGACAGAAGAGGUUGAGAAGAAAGAGGAGUUGCUUCAGACGCUGCAGACUGGUGUAGCGUCGAAGGAGGGUCAGGAGGGCGGUUACCAAGGGCAACUACAGGAGGCCAGAAAUAGGGCGAGCGCAGCUGCUACAGAGCAGGAGCAAAGCAAGCUGAGGAUAUCGCAUCUGGAGAAACAGAUCAAAGAAGAUGAGCCAAAAGCCAAGAAAGCCAAGGAGCAAAACUCCGGUUUACUCAAAGAUCUUGAAGCCCUGAAAUCCCAGGCCGCGAAGCUCGAGGCAGAUCUGGCGAAGCUAGGCUACGAUGAGACUCAAGAAGCUAGCAUGUACCAACAAGAGUCACAUCUCCAGGCGCGCAUACGGGAACUUAGACAGCAAGCGGACGCAAUGAGGCGACAAGUUGCCAAUAUUGAUUUCAGCUACAGUGAUCCCUCCCCGAACUUUGACAGGUCUCGUGUCAAGGGUCUCGUUGCUCAACUCUUCACACUUGAGAAGGAGCAUACCCGGGCAGGCACUGCUCUCGAAAUUUGCGCUGGAGGCCGAUUGUACAACGUUGUUGUUGACUCUGCCGCAACUGGUAAACAGCUCCUCGAGAAUGGCAGGCUCAAGAAGCGGGUUACAAUCAUUCCCCUCAACAAGAUUGCUGCCUUUAAAGCAUCGGCAGAGAAGAUUGGAGCAGCCCAGAAGAUUGCGCCAGGUAAAGUUGACCUAGCAUUAUCGUUGAUCGGAUACGAACAUGAGGUCAACGCCGCAAUGGAGUAUGUGUUUGGUUCCACCCUUGUUUGCGAGGACGCAGAAACUGCUAAGCGCGUAACAUUCGAUCCUGCGGUGCGCAUGAAGAGCGUUACACUUCAAGGUGACACGUACGAUCCUGCUGGUGUGCUGUCUGGUGGUAGCGCGCCUCAGUCUAGCGGAGUCCUUAUCACUCUACAAAAGCUCAACGAGAUUACGACAGAGCUGAGCUCACAAGAGGCUCAGCUUCAGUCUUUGCAAGCCACCAUGGCGAAGGAGAAGAAGAAGCUGGAUGCGGCGCGCAAAUCCAAGCAGGAGCUCGACCUGAAAAGGCACGAGAUCAAGCUUACUGAGGAACAGAUUGGCAGCAAUGCCUCUUCAUCGAUCAUACAAGCUGUUGAAGAGAUGAAACAGACUAUUGCUCAGCUCAAAGAAGAUAUCAAGGCGGCCAAAGCCAGGCAAGACGAGGCCAACAAGGACGCCAAGCGCAUUGAGCGCGACAUGAGCGAGUUUAGCAACAACAAAGAUAGCAAGCUUGCGGAACUACAAUCUUCGUUGGAGAAGCUCAAGAAGGCUCUGGUAAAGAACAAUGCCUCGAUCAAGCCUCUCCAAACCCAGAUGCGCGAAGCGAUGGUCGACUCGGAGCAAUGUGGAAGCGAUCUUGCAGCCGCCCAGGAGCAGCUUGAAGAAGUCCAGACCAACCUCAAGUCGCAACAAGAAGAGCUCGAUGAAUUGUUGGCUGAACAGUCUCGUGUCAAGGAUGCGCACGAUAUAGCUGUAGCCCGAUUGAGUGACGAGCAAGCCAAGUUGACUGGUUUCGACGAGGAGCUCCGGUCGCUUGAGGACGCGAUCCGCUCGAAGAACUCGUCGAUAACAGAAGGCGGGCUGGAACAGCAGAAGCUUGGUCACGAGAUUGAAAGAUUCCACAAGGAGCAGGAAGGCGCGGCGGGUCACGUGAAAGCGCUUGAGAAGGAGUACGAGUUCAUUGCUAAUGACUCGGAACUUUUUGGUCGACCCGGUACGCCAUACGACUUCAAGGGUGUGAAUAUGGCGGACGCGAAGACUAGGCGCAAGUCAUUGGAAGAGCGUUUCCAGCAGAAGAAGAACAAGAUCAACCCCAAGGUCAUGGCCAUGAUCGACAGCGUCGAGAAGAAGGAAGCCAGUCUCAAGAAGAACAUGUCGACGGUUGUCCGAGACAAGUCAAAGAUUGAAGAGACCAUCCUCAAGCUUGACGAAUACAAGAAGGAGGCGCUACACAAGACAUGGACAAUUGUCAAUCGCGACUUUGGGCAAAUCUUCAACGAGCUUCUACCUGGCAGUUUCGCAAAGCUCGAUCCUCCCGAAGGCAAAACGAUAUCUGAUGGCUUGGAGGUCAAGGUUAUGCUUGGUAAGGUGUGGAAGCAGUCUCUGACUGAGCUGAGUGGUGGCCAAAGAUCUCUCAUUGCACUCUCGCUCAUUAUGGCUCUUCUUCAGUUCAAGCCUGCGCCCAUGUACAUCCUGGACGAAGUUGAUGCCGCGCUUGAUCUGUCGCACACACAGAACAUUGGCCGUCUCUUCAAGACCAGGUUCAAGGGAUCGCAAUUUAUUGUCGUCAGUUUGAAGGACGGCAUGUUCCAGAAUGCAAAUCGCAUCUUCCGCACACGCUUCGUGGACGGCACUAGUGUGGUACAGGCGACGGCUGGGUCUUCGGGAUAAGGCUGCAGCAUCAUGUGUUAUUAAGGCAUGGCUUGAUACCCGGUGUGCAUGGUCUGAGUUACUUGUUUGGAUAAUUGUUUGUAUACGAGUGCAUAGGAAUGGUGUUGGUGGAGUCUAGUACAUGGCACUAAUGUCCGGGUUGGGCAGUUGGGUAUGCGCAUCCGAGGCAUGAGUGGCUGCUCCCUUGUCAAGAUCUCUUGUCGUCUGUUUCUCCUUCCCGAUUUGGGGCUCCAAGAUACAGGUUUACUGGGCAUCCAUGGCCAUAAUAGGACCGUGUAUCCUAUUAUCGAGCGCCGCCUAUCUAGCUCGCACUCUCUUUCG